AAGAGGUGGUAGAAGUGCGAGCCUACAUUUGUUAAAGAAGAAGACCGUUGAUUGGCUAUAUCUCUAGAUUUGUUCAGUGUUGACCAAUCAAACAUUUCGUAAAGUAACGAGCAUCAGUCAAAAAAGUAAUAGGAAGUCUGUACGAUGACAUUGAAAGAUAUUCUGGCUCGAUCCGGCGCCCCCUCUCAUCAGAAAUUACAUGCAAUACAAAAACAUCACAUCACAGUCAAUGAAUGGCUGACUUAUUUGUGUUGAUGAAAAAGCAGUUUUCUUCACGGAUUUUACACGUGAAUUCUUUGUAAAUUUGUAUUUUUGUACAAUAUAGAUAUUCGGUAAUUUUAUUCAGACGGUCCCUCCUUUUCAAUGAUGGAGUUGUGAGGAAGGUUUUCUGUGUUUUGAGUGGUUGAAAUUCGAAGCACAAUGUCACCGACUUCUUUUUGUUGCGGGGUCGUCGAAGGGUUUUACGGGCGGCCAUGGACAACUGCCCAGCGCAAGAAUCUCUUCUCCCUUAUGAGACGUCUGAAGUUAAACACUUACAUGUACGCCCCAAAAGAUGACUGUAAACACCGUAUGUACUGGAGGGAAAUGUAUUCGGUGGAAGAAGCUGAGCAUUUAACAGGCCUUAUCCGAGCAGCUAAGGAGAACAAUGUGGAGUUUGUGUAUGCCCUGUCACCUGGUCUCGACAUUACCUUCUCUAAUGCCAAAGAGGUCACUUGCAUGAAAAGGAAGUUGGAGCAGGUGAAGCAAUUUGGCUGUGAGGCUUUCUCGCUUCUCUUUGAUGACAUCGAUACGGAUAUGUGCUCUGCCGAUAAAGAGGUGUUCCAAACCUUCGCUCAUGCUCAAGUCUCUGUCACUAAUGAAGUGUUUCAACAUCUAGGACAACCAAAGUUCUUCUUCUGCCCUACUGAGUAUUGUGCUACCAGGGCAGACCCAUGUGUCUUGAAAUCUGAUUACCUGAAGACGCUGGGCUCCAAGCUACUUCCAGACAUCAUGAUCAUGUGGACAGGCCCCAAGGUCGUUGCCAAGAUAAUUACCAUAGAAUCCAUCAAGGAAUUGUCCGAGGUCAUCAAGAGGAAACCGGUCAUAUGGGAUAACAUCCACGCCAAUGACUACGACCAAAACAGAAUAUUCUGUGGUCCGUACAAAGGCAGGUCGUCUGAGCUACAUUCCUACGUAAGUGGUAUUUUGACCAAUCCCAACUGUGAAUACGAAGCCAACUACAUUGCCUUACACACGCUAGCCCAGUGGUCAAACUGCACACAUGGAGAUAACAAUGAGGAAAGCAAGGAUGAAGUUACAGGAAGUCCAUCCAACAAUCCUACAGUUUCUGCGGAAAUCAAAUUGGAAACAGAAGGUGAAACUGAAAUCCCACUGUCCAGAAAUAAUUACCCAAACCAUGGUCUGUACAAUCCCGACUCGGCUCUCAGAGCGGCCGUUACCGAAUGGAUGGAAGUCAUCCAAACUCACAGACAAAGUUCCCACAAUGUGGCAAUACCCCAACCGCUGGUCGUCAUACCGCCCGCCGCUCCGCCGAUACCGAGCAUCAACACGUGUAUGAGUAUCACCACUCCGACCUCAUCGACGGGGCCGCAAGUCCCAGCACCCGAUGAGGGGCUGAUCGCUGAGGAACUCAUGAAAAACAAGAAUGCAUUCGAUAAACUUGCCUCCCUGAGUGAGGCCGCUGAGAACUACACGCCGCUUUCCAACCCUGUCAAUUCUUUAGUCUCUAAUGCAUUCGUAGAACCUAUGGAGUGCAAUGGUGAUUUUAAAUCAUCAAAGGAGACUACCCCGGGACUUGCAGGGGCUGUAGGGGCAGCUACCCUCCCACCGAGUAUCAUACCCACAAAAAUGAGCUCUAACAUCUCAACGACGACGACGUCAACAGUAUGUAAAGUCAGCGAGGUAGCUAUGCAGAUAGAUGACAUGGUAGAGAAAGGGUCCGGUGAAAACUUAAACAAAACCCCCGCCACGGAGGAAGUAACCGACGCAGGGUCUGAAAUGGCAGACACUGACACCGAGAUGCAGAGUGACGGGGCGGACAUCGACAGCCAACCUGAGGAUGUGAACAUUGAGUCGGUUGAGCCGGACUCGGACGUCGCUGAUAAGUCUGACGAAGAAUGGAACAGUGCCAAAGAGAAGAAGAAAGCCACCCACGAGAAGAUUACCGUGGACGACGUGCUAUUGCUGGUCGAACUCUUUUAUCUGCCGUACGAGCACGGACGCAAAGCGGUGGAAAUGCUUGAGGAGAUACACUGGCUUAAGAUCAAUGCUCAUCACGUCUGCGAGGCUAAGAAGAAGUCCAAUCCAUCUGAUACGGCGAUGGAGUGGGCAGACCGCGCUGCACGCUUCAUAGAUUUCAGUCGUCAGGUUCAUCAUAUGACGUUGCGGCUACUCAACAUCCCCAACCGCUCGCUGCUGUAUGAGUUUUACCCCUACGUAUGGGACAUGGAGGGGGUGAUCUCCAUGCUAGCAUCUUUCGUUAAGUGGCUUGGAUAUGGGAAAGUUUCUCGCUUUGGCUGUUCUCUACUGGAUGUCCAGGCAUCAUGUGGUUCCAGAAAUUACAAGGAGGCGUUUAUGAGUGGUGAUCUUGAACCGUGGGUCUUUCGUGGAGGGUUGACGGCUGAAUUUCAGAGAAUGCUGCCGUUAAACGGAGCUGCAGACUUGUUUGCCAAGAAACCAUUCCAUGUCAGCAGUAAAGUCUACACUAUUAGACCACUCCUCCCGGUUGAUCAAGAUGCAGUGUAUCGAGUUUGCCAGCUUACAUGUAAUGAUCGAGAUGACGGGGGAGAGUUCUACGGCAAACAUCCACAACUCAUCGGUGACAAACUUGUUGGUCACUUCCUGACGUUCAGCAAUGAGUACUGCUUUGUCCUGUGCGAUGGGGAGGACAUCGUAGGUUACGCCCUCGCAGCUUGGAACGCUAAGACAUUCUACAAACAAGUGGAGAUAGCGUGGAAGGAAGAAAUGAAGAAUAAAUAUCCCAAGCCGGCCAAAUCAAAGAACGCCACGACAGCCGAGAAGACAAUUCUUACUUUCCAUGAAGAUCGAAGUCCACUAGUCGAUGCUCUCUUCAGCCAGUACCCUUCUCAUUUGCGUAUGGAUGUACUCCCAUGUGUGGAGGAUACUGGUGUGGUCAAGAACAUUCUGGCAUGUGUCUUGUCAGCUUUGAAGACGAGUGGUUCCCAAGGUGCAUUUGUAGAGGUAGUCAAAGAGAGCAAGAGUCAGGUGGAAUUCUACAAGAAGUUAGGCUUUACAGAAGUCCAGGAUCUAGACUUUCCCGAGGACACCAUCAUCCUGGGGAGGGCCAUCUAGACAACAAAACUUUACUACAAGGCUAAAGGACUGAAAUGCAAAGCCGUUCUCGUGGGCUCUCUCUCUCUCUCUCUGUCUGUGUCGUAGUCGCCGCUUUGUGAAGACUCUAUUGAAAUGUUUAAAUGUUCAGGUCAGCAUUAUCUUUGUAUUCGUUACUUCUUCUUAUUAUUUGUCGCUGCUGCAAUUAUUUUUAUCAGUGUUUUUUGGGUCUAGUUGGGUUCAUUUCAAACUGUGUAGUAAGGACCGAUGUAUCCUCCUAACAGAAACAAUUAUUUCAUUAAUUUACCGUACACAUGAAUACAAUUGAUAAACAAUGGUGGAAGCCCAGGCCUCAAAAUAACCCCAGGCCACCCACAGCAAUAGACCGAUCCAGUAGGCUCUGCCCACGACUCACGUGUGAGC